AUGCCCGAGUACGGAGCAGCACACGAAUCGGUUCCAGUACAAGAACCCGUACCUCCGCCGCUGUACGCUCCUGAACAGGAAUUGGCUCCAGUACACGUUCCUGUCCCCGAUCCCGAACCCCGUCCAGUACAUGCACCAUCUCCGGUGCACGAACCUGUGCCUGUACAGGACACUAGUGUUCCGAAGCACAGACACCCUAACAGCACGAGAGACAACAUUGUUUUGCCA